AUGGACUUGCUGUUGUCCGCAAGUCGAGACAAGCCUUUGGGGGGAGCGCACAAUGCCCUGCAGACUGGAGAGAUACAGGCUGUCAUGAACCUCGUUGACAACAUGGAGCUUCAGAAAGAAUAUUUUGAAAAGGUACAAGGCAUGGAUAGCAACGACGUCAGCCUCAAAGACCUAGGCAAUACACUCCAUCUCGACAGUCAGAAACAUGUGUCAGAUGUUGUAGCCAUCUUGUUCAGAUACAGUCAUGACAUUCAGGUCAGAGGCAUGAUGGACAUCACGAAUCGAGACGAGGCUUCCGUCGAAGGACUGUCGGAUUAUCAGGAGCAACUUGUAGCGAACGUCAUGGAGACAAUAAACCAGAGCAGACUUGUUGCAGUUGGCUUACUGUACAAAUCUUGGUGGAACGUCGAAGUAGCAAUCACGCGAUGGUACGAAAGUGAAGCUCCUGUGGAACCAAAAUUCAACGCCAACAUUUUGACCAAUAACAUCCGUGAAAGCGACCCGUCGUUGCCUGGUUCUAGCGGCCUGGCGAAACGACCGUAUGAGGCGGAGGCUGGACCAAGUGGGUCAAAGAAAAAGCCAAGGACAACCAGUCCUGACCAGCAGAGCUUGGGAAGCCCUGAAGAGGAUCUCAGCGCUGCUCGAGCUCGACUCGAUCGAAUCAUUGCUGAGGAGCUCGCAGCCGAUUUGAAGCGAGCGAGGAAUUUUCAGCAGGAGACAGACAAGAACAAGAAUGCACAGGGAAGCUCGGAAGGUCCGAAGCCAACACUUCAGGGGAAACUCACCGUCGGCUUUGAGGGUUAUAGCCUUGAAGCAUUGAAGAGUAUGGUUGCAGCCGAAAAAACUGCUCCGGUAGGAGGCUUACAAAGUAAGGAGGUUUCAGAAUCGAGCAAGGAGACCGCCCCGCGGUCCUCCACAGCCGACCAAUCGUCAAAUAUCUUACCGGAAAUCAACAGGAGGUACAAUCUGAGAGAUCGAGGGGGGAAUAUUGACUACAGCGACGUGAACAGGAAGACAGAAAUGGUACUGCAAGACGAGGUGGCAGCGGCAAAGCUAUCGACGAGAAUGAGACAGCAAGUCAGUGGAGCGGAAAACAAUGAAAAGAAGCUUGAGAAGCUGGGGCAAAGGCAAUCAACACUACCUCCUGCGAGUAAGCCACCUUCGUACGACCAGAAAUCCGUAACCCUCUGGCCCGAGAACACACCCCUGGGUAUGUUAAACCCUCGAAGCAGAACACCCAGCGGGAGAGAGCUUAGUACUACCCUAUUGAAGAGCCUCCCAAUUCCACUUUUCAACAAUACAUUUUCUACCAUAGGCUCGUCUUCUCAUCUCACGAAGGCAUCAACUAGCCAUAUUCCAGAUAUCGAAGGCUUUCAAGCGCAUUCCAAACAGUCGUGGAGCACAGAAGGCCUUGAUGGGAGCGGAAAAGACAGUCCAAACAAUUUCACUCCACAAGAAAUCGGAAGAUUGGCAGAGCGCUACACAGAUUUGCAAAGACAGAAAAUCAGUCAGCCCUUCCUUCCGAUGACCCCAACUAAGACAUUGAUUUCGGAUCAUCUGAGCCCAGGAGAGGGUAUGCACAAAGCGUUGAAAUUCCCACACAGCGGUUCUCUCACCCUGUUACCGCAAAUUAUGCCUUCCAUCGAUCAGCUAAGAAGCACGACACCGAGUAAGAGCACUCCUGAGGUACCAUCGCCACGAAGAGGACCACCAGCCACACCAAGAGACGCUCCAGACAUGUCUCCAGCACUCUCUUUGCCACUGCAAACAUCCCGACCUGCAAGUCCAUCACAGCCGUCACGGCCAUCACAGCCGUCACAGCCAAAAACUUCCACACUAGACCAGUCCCCACAUGGCUCGCCCCAGGCACAGUCCAAAUCCAGCGGCCACACAAUAGAAGGCGUCCCGUAUUCUACCGUCCCAUACACUUUUCCGUCCUCACCUGCGCUCCGACCAUCCUCAGGUCCUUCUCUGGCCUCAGAUCGCGAUCUUUCAUCACUUUCCGAGUACUCACCACCACCGACCACACACCCAGACUCUGCAGUUUUGGGUCAUUACGGUGCAAAGAUGAACGAUCCUCUGUUUCAAGACAACCCAGCUAGUCGGGCCCCACCCCUCGACGGAGCUGAGAUCGCGGUCUCGGGUACAGAGAAGGUAGACAAUUGGCGGAGAGACAGUGCACAGAGAAUGAGUAUUGCGAGCGCAACAGCGCUUGCGCAGAACCUACUUGAUGCGGAGGAGGCGGCGAAGACGGCUUCUGAAGCCCAGCCUGGUGUUGAUGAAGAAGCAGGGAGGAGAGUGAGGUUUGCUGAUGAUGAGCAGAUCAUCGCUCUUGGUAAUGGCGGUGAUGAGCUGGGUGUACAGGACAAUAGAACGCAGAGUAUGGUGGACGAAGGAGUGGGUGAGGCAGAGUGCCCCGAGGAGUGGUUUGAGGACGCCUGA